AUGGACCGCUCCCGCUCGCGCUCCCCCUCCCGUGGCCGCUCUCGCACACGUUCGGUUUCACCACCACGCGGCGGCCGCUCCUUCUCUCCCCGGUCUCGCACACGCUCAAUUUCCCGAUCCCGUAGUAGGACCCACUCGCCCAGUCUGAGGUCUCGGUCUCCGACUAGGAGCAGGAGCAGGAGUGUCGGCAGCAGAAGAAGCUACACAAAAAGCCCUAGUCCGGGAUUCCAGAGCUCUAAGAUUGUCAUUGAGAAAUUGACAAAGAAUGUCACCGAAGCCCACAUCUCGGAGAUCUUUUCGGCAUACGGGGACAUCAAAACAGUAGACAUGCCUGUCAACCGCCAAUUCUUCACAAACCGUGGUCUCUGCUACCUCGUCUACAACUCUCCCUCCUCCGCCCAAGCCGCAAUAGCACACAUGCACGAAGGGCAACUUGACGGAGCCACCAUCAAUGUCUCCAUAGUACUUCCGCGCCGCGCCGCGGUCUCUCCGCCUGCUGGCCCGCCGCCCCGUCGUGGCGCCGGUAGCAAUCGCUUCCGUUCUCCUCCACCCGCACGCCGCAGCGGAGGUGCUCCCAUCGCUUCCGCCCCUCCUCGUGCAUUCCCGCGCGGUGGUGACUCCUACCGGGGCGCCGCAGCUGGAGACUCAUACCGGCCGCGAUCCAGAUCUAGAUCGCCAACGUACUCCAGCAGGAGCAGGAGCCGGAGCCCCUCGAGAAGCCGCUCUAGAAGCCCCUAUAGAAGACGCGGCGGCGACAGCGGAAGAGCAAGGAGUCGCGGAAGAGGUGGCGGCGGCGGUGGUGGUGGCAGGGAUUACAGUCCACCACCUAGGUCGGGUGGGAGAUAUACUGGUGGGGGCGGCGGCGGAGGAGGAGCAGCAAGAAGGAGAAGAAGCCCCAGCUACAGCUCGUACAGCACCAGGAGUGACUCCCGGAGCAGGAGCCCGAGAAGACGACGCAGCCGGAGCCGGAGCCCUAGGGUUAGGGGUGGAGGCGGAAGGAGACGCUAG